AAAAAGUUGCGACGUAGAUUAUUUUAACCAAUAUUUUGUCGAAUAUCUAAUUGACAGUGUUAUCAAACACAAUGCUUGCAUUUGCAAUAUUUGCUGUAACAUUUGUUGUUUCUUUGAUUUGCAUUGUCAUUUAUUUAUAUCCGAGUUCAAAGAAUCCCUCAACAAUACCAGGUCUGGAUCCAGUUUCUAAAGAAGAUGGUAACCUAGGUGACAUAGCAAAAGCUGGCAGUCUUCAUGAAUUCUUGAUGGAUCUUCAUAAACAGUUUGGAUCUAUAGCAUCAUUCUGGUGGGGACCAACAUAUGUUGUUAGCAUAGCCAAUGCUGACCUCUUCAAACAACAUCAUAAUGUCUUUGAUAGACCACUCGAAUUAUUUGAGAUGUUUGAGCCUUUAAUUGGAGCAAAAUGUAUCCAGUACGCAAAUGGGGAAGAUGGCAGAGCACGUCGUAAUCUAUAUGAUAAAUGUCUGACGCAUGGCGCAAUAAAUAAAUACUUCAUGACAUUUCAAGAGAUAGCAGAUGAAAUGGUCAAGAAGUGGGAGACAAUGCUGAAUGAUCAGCAUAUACCUCUUGUACAAUACAUGUAUGCAUUUGCUUUAAAGGCAGUACUAGCAUCACUUUACGGGGAGAAAAUGAAAGAUGACAAGGCUGUGUUAGAAUUCAAGGCUGUUUAUGAUGCUAUUUGGGCUGAAUUAGAACACAGAUUGACAGAGCCUCCAAAUGAAACAAGGAAAAAAAUCAUUUCUGAUGGGAAAAAGAAGCUGGCAGCAAUUGCUAAUGAAAUGGUGAAACAUCGUAAAGAAAACCCGCCUGAACACGGUGAAGAGUUGUUACUGGAUUUAUUACUGGACUAUACAGAUGAUGAAGAGCUACAAAGUGCUGAUGCUCUAGUGUAUGUGAUUGGAGGCUUUCAUACCACUGGAAAUUUGAUUUCAUGGGCAAUAUAUUUCCUAGCAACACACCCAGACUGUCAGGAAAAGGUUGUCAAGGAGAUAAAGAAUGUCCUAGGAGAUGAUGAUGUUGAUCAUACCAAUAUGGGAGAGCUAGAAUAUUUAAGACAAGUGAUUGAUGAGACUUUAAGAUGUGCCGUAGUUGCUCCUUGGGCUGCAAGAUUUCAGGACUUUGAUUCAGAACUUGGUGGACAUAGAAUACCUAAAAAUACCCCUGUGAUCCAUGCCCUGGGUGUGGCUUCUAAAGAUGAAACUGUGUUUCCUGAGCCAGAUAAAUUUGAUCCUAAUAGAUUUACACACGAGCACAAUCGAGAAAGAUCACACUUCUCAUUCUCACCAUUUGGCUUUGCCGGGAAGCGUAUCUGUCCAGGGCAGAAGUUUGCAUAUACUGAAACAACCGUUGCCUUGGUGACCUUGUUGAGGAAGUUCAAGGUCAAAAUGGUCGAAGGUCAAAUUAUAGAACCAGUGCAUGGAUUGGUUACACACCCAAGUGAUGAGAUUUGGAUCACAAUUUCCAAAAGGAAAUAAAGGAUAAGCUAAGCUUAGCUUGAAAAAUAAGAUUAACAGUUAGAAAGAUAAAUGAGUUACUAUAGUAUAUGAUACUUGAAAACAUCCUGUCAUGAUAAAGUUCAACACAGACAGACCAUUUAAUGUUACAGUAUGUGUUCAGAAUUAUUCAGUAAUUAUUACAAUGAUACAUUAAACAUUGUAUAUAAGUGAUUUUUAUUUGAUUUACAUUUGAUUAAUUUUGAUUAUACUUUAUAGGAAAGUAAUAAGUUUUCAGAACAAAAUAAAUCUGUUAUCAUCUAGUUCUUCUAAAUAGUUGUGCGGUUGUGUACAUGUUUGACUGUUAAGUUUGCUUGUGAGAUCAGCAUUACAAGAUAUGCCUGCUUCCUCACUUUCUGUUGUUUUUUUUUAAGGUAUGGCCAUCCUAAUAAAUUACCUCCACUUUGAAGAGUAUUUAAAUAGGCUAAAGCUACAGUCAACUACAUUGAAUAUUAUAGGGUUGUGGGUUCAAAUCCCAGAAGGGUCAGCUUUUUUUUUUUCGUUCUUUUUUUUCUUUUAACAUUAUUUAUGUAUCUCUCAUGUCCCUUUUGGGAAGAAGAAAGUGUUUAAUAUCAAUGAUUUAAUUUAAUAGGUAUUUAUUUGCUAAAUAAUGCUAAAUCUUAUAAUCAACAACUGAUGGUUAGCAGAUAUUUUUUUCUUCGUUUUUCAUGAAAUAUGGAAUAUAUUUUCAAGAAACAUGAUGAAAUGCCACACACGAGCCAGGACAGCGAGUAAAAAUAUGUGGCAUUUUAUCAUGUUGAUGUGAAAAUAUAUACCAUAUUUCACGAAAAAAACAUAACCUUUUUGUUAAAUUUCAUUAUCAAAGAAAAAUACUUACGAAUCCCCUUGCACAAUUGUACAGCACACAGUAAUAUAUUGAUGCGUCUUGUUUUGCCUGUAUUUGCAUGCGCUUUUUGGCACUCAAUUGUGGCGUCACAUAAACAACUCUUUUAAACCUCUGUACAGCUAAAUGACUGCAUUAAAAAUAUUGGUGUUCGGAUUUAUUUUUUUAGUUAGAGCUUUUUCUAUUAUUCUAGAUAGAUUUCAAAACAAAAUACAACAAAAAAGUUGUUUUUUAUUUAUCAGAUUUCUCAAACAAAAUUGCGAAAGAAGUCCCUUAAAGUAAAUAUGAGUUUUGACUCCGCCCACUUUCAUAUUUAUAUUUCAUAUUUAUUUUUUACAAAUAUGAAAUAUAUUUGACUGUUAUAGCACCAUAUUUCAUGGGUAAAAUUAAAUUAUACCUGAUAUUUUUGAAAUGUAAUAAAUCAAAUAAAUCAGCUGCACAGUAAAAGUAUUUGAUAUUUUACAAUUUUAACUAAAAUACUUUUGAGAUAAUUUAAACAGGCAUACAUUUUGGUAAAUUUCAUGCACUUUUUAAUUAGGUUCUCAAGGUAGGGAAGAGGUCAAACAUGUGUAAAAAAUGGGUGGGGUAGGGUAACAUUUUUAUACAUACAUGCAUUUCAUAAAUUUUGAGUAGAAACAAUUAUUUUGCUUAUGUGGAUUGUUAGCUGAAUGGUACUUUUUGAUUCUUACCAAAAAUUAAGAAAAGCCUUUUUCAUAAGGCCGAUAUUGUAGAUUAUUUAAAGGUUCCUUAUCUCUAAAAAAGGACCCUUCUAACAUCCUAGCCUCAGUUCAGAAAAGGGGCCAUAACUCGAUUUUUUGUAUGGUAAAGUUUGUUUAAAUUUUGCAAACAGAUGUCCUUUAAAUCUGACCUAUGUUAUUAAUUUUUCAGUUCCUUAAUUAUAGUGCCCAUUAGUGUGGUCAUACCUUAAGACACAUGUUGCCCUUUUGCUCUGCCUAUCCUUACAUUUGUCUCUCCUGCUUGAUAUGUUUUGAUUAGAUUAUUUACAAUUAGAACAAUAAGACAUGAAAAGUUAGGCUUUUUAAUGUUUUUUUAACUUACAAAUAAAUAAACCAUAUUCAAAACAUUACAAAAUGGUAGAAGUAAAGUUUUAUACUGCAGGAAAAGUUUGUUAUAAUAGUAAAUGUACCCUAUUUGCUACUUUCUACAGACAUGAAUUAUGGUAAAGAUUGUGUUCACAUAAUAUAUUGGUGCAAGAUUUUAUAGUUUACAUAAUUGUAUAAAUAUUGCUUUGUUAUAUUAAUUGUUUAAGUAGAUAUUCUAGUCUUUCUGAAUAGCAAUUUGGUGAUACAGUACACUUUGUAAAUAUACAUAUAUAAUAAAGAAAUAUAGUGCUUGAAAGAA